UUUAAAAUCAAAGCUUGAAUAUUUAAGCAGCUUUCACACACAAAUACAUAAAAUAACAUCAAUAUCAUAAGCGUAUGCCACAGUAUGACCAGUUAGGACACAUAACAGUAAUUAAUUUGGCUCUAAAUACGUGAUUAGGGACAAAGUAUAGAUCACGCCAUCUAUUUGUCACUUUGACUAAAGAAAAAGUUCCACAUACAUCGAACAGACAGACUCUUCAUCUUCUUAAAAACCAGCAGACAAGACCCUGCCACUACCGAAGAAAAGAGCAAAACUCCUAUUAACACUCCAGCAUCACCUUUCAGAGCCGUGUUCCCGUUAACAUGUAGAGCUACUAUGCUGACUUCUUCCAUCAAUCAUGUUGAUUUUUAAAAAUUUAAGUUGAUGCAAUUAUUAAUCUUCCUGACGUUUCAUCCAGAAAAGUAACAUAAUCAAAGCAAAGUCUUCCUUUAUAUUUACACCCUGACAAUUUACUAGCAUCUGCAUAAAAUACCUCAUUUUGUGAGCACACAUGUGCUCUUGUAAGAAAUUUGAAGAAGUACUUGCUUAGAAGGAAGAUUGAUCUUGUGGGUAUGGGUUUGCAUGACUGGAGCUUUACAGUGCAGCUUUUUCAAAAGCUUUGGGUUUUGAAAGUGUAGCCUCUAAGUGCCGGACCCUAGAAACAGCCAUUCAUAAAUUUGUUUGCAUAACACCAGGUACUAUUCCCCCCAAAGGAAGAAUCCCGUGGCAUUCUCUGACCUGCACACACCAGCAAAUUCAAAUGUGCAUGGAGGGAUGCUUUUAGACAGUAUUUGGCAGAAGAGGGAAAAGAAGACAAUAAAUGAAAAAAAAAAAAAAAAAAAAAAAAAAAGAGUGAGAACCUAAGACACAUCUAAGAACCAGAUCAUGUAGCUAUUAGUGAGGCAAAAUCCUUGUCCAAAUGGAAGAUUUGAGCCAUCCAUCACAUCCAGCCUGGCACACAUCAAGGGAACAAGCAAGGACUGGUCCUUGCUCUUUGUAUGGAGCUGUGUUGAUAUCAGUCACUAUCCCUCAUCCAAACAGUACGGUAGUGACAUGAAAUUAUUACUGAAGUCAACCAGCUCAAAGCUGAAAGCGUGGAAAACACCCUCACUCUUGAACCUUGCCACAAUACUUCUGAAGAAGGAUGAACUAAUUUUUUCCCAAAGAAAAACUUGUGAGAAAUGUACACCCAAUCUAAAGCAGGGUGUAGUCCAGAGAGAAGUAAAGAGGGUCAAGUACCACCUUGUAUGUGAAGUGGCACCAUUCCGCUAUGAGAGAAAGGGAGGAAACGAUCCCGAGCAGUCUACACCUUAACCAACUCCAUAUUUGCUCCUUGACAUUUGCACCCCCGUAUCUAACUCCCCUUAUGAGAAGGGAGAGGGGCUACGGAAUCAGUUCUCUGUGCCCGUGCAGAACAGGAAAAGUGAUGCAGAACUCAAAACUCAAAAAGUAUGCUGGGUGGGAGAUGUGAAGGGGAUGCUACAAAGACAUUUCACACCCUAUUUUAUUCCAAGCCUUUUCAUCUGCACCAAAGCAUCAAUUUUUGUGUUCUGAAUUUGCCUAGAAAACCACAUCUGGCUACAGCUCUGAGCUCUGUACGCUAAACCACCUUCAUUCACUUUCUUUUCUUGAUCGUCUCAGAUUUCGCAAGAUGCGGGGUUUUUUUGUUGUUGUUUUUUUUUUUGUUUGUUUGUUUUGUUUUGUUUUGUGGGUUUUUUUGUUUGUUUUUUGUUUGUUUUUGUUUUGUUUUGUUUUGGUUUGGUUUUUUUUGGAGGUGGGGGGCGGGAUGGAUAGCGAAGCGUGGAGAAAACCAUCCACCUUGCGCUUUUGACCUGAUGCCAGCAGCCCGGGGUAACCCUCGACGGGAGACGGAGCCCUCUCGGCAGUCCCGCCCCCCCACGACCCACCCAGGGACACCCGAGCGAGCGAUAGGGCACUGCGGGGCCGCUCACGAACCAAGCCUCUCUCCUCAAAUUAAGCGACUCCAGAACGACGCGGCUGGGGUUUGCCUUUUUUAGAUCUACCUUCCGGGUUCUGCCACUGCUCCUUGUUCUGUCUCCAGUGAAUUCAUCUAGUUGUGCAAUGGGAAAUAAAACAACCGAAAUCCGUGUGAAGUAUGAGAAUAUACUAAGCCAUGACAUCAGUGAGCUGGUAAAUAAGUCUGCAGAGUAUCGUGACAGGUGCUGCAAGAAUAAAAAACAUGAAAAUAGCAAAGUGUUUUUCUGCAAUGAUACUCAGGAAAUAGAAUCACUACAGAGUAUGGCAUGCAACAUGCUCAGAUUCUUUCAUAAGCAAAAAAUCAGCAAAGACUUCAGAUGGAAAGCAGCAUUAGUCUCAUGUGGGACAUUACAGGUUCUGCAGUGCAAAUGUGAAAGACAUAAAAAAGAAAAGGUUUGCGCGCAGGUGAAUACACAUAAUCAAGAAGUUACAGAUACAAACCAACAGUCCAAAAAGAAAUGUAACCACGAACUCUGUGAACUGAAAGAAAAUAUAUAUAGCCUUCGAUCCUGCUGGAAUAAAUUUGAAAAAAUAAUUUCCAGGUGAUUUCAGGUGAAUCCUGCUCUCUCGAAGUGGCAUUACUUGGUGUCUUUGCAUGUUAUAUGCAUUCUUCAAGUAACUCUGCUUGCUUAUAUGAACACUUUAUGGCAGAAUUCUGAUGAAAAGCUACUGUACCUUGUUCCUGGAGAUGGAAUAAACAGAAACGGCUAAAACAAGCUGCUGAAUUCCAGGAAGUGAAAAUAAAAGACCAGCAUUUUAAAUAAAGAACUCUGCAGAAGGCUGUGUCCCACCUUCGUGCCCUGGAAACUACUUUGAAUUUUCCGAUCUUUCGAGUAACUUUGUAACACCAUCAUAAGAAAGCAAUCUACUUACGUAUCUACUGCAAUUUCUAAAAACCAUCUUAGAAGCAGCAGGUGAAGAAAACAGUAUGGAAAAGUAGCUGGUUUCUUUAUAUAAAACGCAUUAAGGACCAGAAGGAGCAAUUUACCAAACAAGCAGCUGAUCUUGGGUCUGUUCUGCUGAUGCAAUGAUGUUAUCAGUGUGGGUAUCUAAUGGGUCUGCAAACUGAUUUAAGUUUGCAAAAACAGGUAAAAAGGUUAGCUUUUGCAAAACUUAGAGAGGGUACUGAGUUUUGAGAGAUGUAGCAUACUUCUACUGGCUGAAGUAAAGGCAAGACAGCAAGACUGGUGGUAGGUGAAAAAAGCAGAUGCCUGAACAUAAGUUUGUUCAGCUGCUGGGAAACAGCACGAGCCUUAUGUAUUUGGUUAUCCUAGAGUCAGCUGCAGGAGGAGCUAGAACUCCUUACCUUCGGAUUGUGAUUUCUUAUAUGCAAUUUUAUGUAACGUGUUUAACAUGUUAGACGAAAAUGACUUAAAAUGUGUGAAUAUGUUCAGAGAAUAAUAUAUUGGCAUUUAACUAAUGAAGUGUUCAUAUUUAAUUUUGGAUAAAUAGAAGUAUUUUUAUAGUUGUUUGUAAGUCUUUUGCAGUUUCUUACUUUGAUAUCAUAACUCCUUUGGUAAAUAAAAUAUUUGUCUUCUAUGGAAUUGGCCUGUUGAAUUUUUGGGUGUCACUACUUAUUUUUUAGCUUUUUUUCACAGCUAGUCAUUAAAAGCACAGCUAGUAAUGUAACAUCCAGCUGCUUGGGACAUCUCAGUAUAAAAUAUCAAUUUCUUAGUUGCUUGUAAACCUGGCCACUUUAGGUAAACCUUUCCAUACCAGAUAUCUGCCUUGGACUAAAUACUUAAGGAAAUCUUUAGUUAAGUCAGCCUGUUGUUUCCUGGAUCAGAGCAAAGUAACAGGUAUUGGUUUAUCUGUGCUAAAAGAAAUCUUCCAUAGAACUACUCUGAAAAAUUUUUGGUAUUCAGUACAAAGACCUGAAAAAAACAGUGGGAUGUGCUUCAAAGAACUGUAUAGAUCUCCUUUGACUGGAAUAAAAUCCCUGUACUGAAUCCAUGAAACCCAGUGUGCCCUACUGGUAACGGUGAGGGAACUGUUAUGCUUUCCUGGAACACGUCCUCUCUGAUCCCCCAUCCAUUUAUGGUGAAGAGACUUCUUGAGGUAGGAGUAGUAUCUUUGUAAAACUGUGAUUGAGACUUUCACAUAUUCUCUUUAGCUCUUGAUGUUACGAGAUUGCAGCUAACUCCAACCACUGAAAAAAAUCCAACAAACCCAACCCAUAACUCUUAUGUCAUAGGAAAAGGAAACAGGUUUCCCAAUAUCAUACUGCAGAUAAGGGAAUGUAACCACUCAUGUAAAGACUUCUCUGGAAAUCCCUUUGACUGAAAGAAGUCCCAGGAGUCUGAGAAUUAAA